AUGCAGUCUCUUUCGGUUAAUUUGGCCAGCGCUAAGGAGCGUCGCCUGUUGAGAACACCCAAGUGCGCCCGCUGUCGCAAUCAUGGCGUCAUCUCCUGUGUUAAGGGUCACAAGAAGCUUUGCCGCUGGCGUGAAUGCUGUUGCCCCAAUUGUCAGCUAGUUGUGGAUCGGCAGCGUGUGAUGGCCGCCCAGGUUGCAUUGAGACGCCAACAAACUAUGGAAGCUCUGGAGGUCAGUCAAACAAUGUCGCAGCAUGUCGCCGUGGAGCAGGCCAGCGAUGAGGAGCAGCAAAUGACGCCCACCAAACCAAGUCAAAUGGCAGCCAAUACGUUGCGCACGCGUCAAGCGUUGAUUGCCCAGAAACGCAUCUACAAGCAGAGACUGCGAAAUCUGCAGCAGUCCACGCUGCACAUCACAGCUGCAAUGGAAGAGUACAAACAGCGCUUUCCCACGUUCAAUUCGCCGUUACUUGAACGCAUGCGCAAGCGGCGCGCGUUCGCUGAUCCAGAACUGAACUACGCAAUCGAUACAACGCUCCUUGGCAGCUCCGCUUGUGGCGGCGGCGGUUGCUCAGCAACUCCUUUGGCAACGCCGCCAACAAUUGGCAACGCCUUUUAUGAUCUAUUAGGCAAUGCCGCCACAGCAGCUGCUGUCGCGCAACAGAAGCAGCAGAAGGCAUAUCAAUCAAUGCCGCACUUUACGCUCACACCCACGCCAACACCCAUCGCCAAGAAACCUAAGUUGAGUUUCUCAAUUGAGUCGAUUAUUGGUAUAAGCACGUAG